AUGUCGUCUAAGCAGUUUAAAUUGCAGCUAAUACAGAAAUCUCUAGCUGAAUUGGGAUAUGGUAAUUUAGCGGAACAAAUAUCAGAAGAUAUUCACUUCAACCCUAUUACUCAUGAAGCCGAAUCUCCUUAUCAUAAUGAUCAGAAUGAAUAUAGUGAUUUAUUAAAAUUCAUUGAAUGGUUUUAUGAAGAGUUGAACGUAGGAAAUUAUGCAACUAUAAUUGAGUAUUUGAACUAUAUAAUGUUACCCGAGGAGAGCGCCAUGAACGUCGACGAUAUUCCCCAAGACUUUAAUAAUAUUGGAAUUGACCUUUUUAAAGCGUUGAAUUUGAAGGAAGAUUCUGUUGAUACAAUUGGGGGAGUUUGCACUCUAAUUAUAACAUAUUUGAUCAAAAGAACAUAUUUUUUAGAAUGCUUAGUGGUCAAUGCUUUUAAUAGUAGCAAGCAAUAUCAUAAAGCUGAGUUAGUGGGAGACAUAUCAAGAUACAGCUUCACGCCGAUUUCUGUUCCAGACUUACUCGUUAUCUUGCGGGACGAUUUAUGCCCUUUACUAGAUGAAAUACAAAAUGCACUCAAGUCCAUAAAUAUAAACGAGAUCGUUGGAUCCAUGUGGAACUUUAAGCCUGACCUUGUUGAAUUAUUAAAUAGGGAGAAGGAAUCUACUUUAUUACUUCCAUUAGUAAUGAAGUCACCGAUAGAAUUAGCUGAUUUAACAAAAAUGAUUUUAAAUGACCAAGUGCUUUUGGCUGAUACAACCAUAAAUCAAAUAUCCUUACCACAUAUUAUUGAUGAAUUGAGAAACACACUUAUUGAUAAGCACUUGUGUACUAUUUUCAAAGAUAGCUGUAGAAAUCCAGCUACAAAUAAAGCCGCAUUUGAUAUACCACCUGAUUAUCUUGAUAAAUUGAUCGAAAAUGCUACAGCAUACCAAAAGGAACAGUCUCCUUAUUAUUUACCACCUAGAAUCAAUUCCAAGAAACAAGGGGAAACUUUCCUUCCACCACUUUAUAGUGAAAUAAAUGAAAAAUAUAAAAAGAGUUUCCCUUCAACUUUGAUAACUACAUUGGAUAAGCAUUCCGAUGAAGUUUGGAUUGCAAAAUUUUCCCCCCUGGGGAAACUUUUGGUUACAGGCUCAUUGGAUGGGAGGUUAAUAAUAUAUGAUGUUUUGAAUAACUUUGAGGUUAUAGCUAUAUUGGAUUCAGAUAUACAGGGAAUUAAAAGUCGAACAAGAAGCAAUAAGGCAAUAAUUUAUUGUUGCUGGGAACCUAAUGAAGAAUAUUUAGUGAGUUGCUGCUUGGAUACAGUAGUAAGAGUCUGGUCAAUAAAGGAUAUUAAAAAAAACAACAAGAGAAUAACUCGAUCUAUGGAUGUUGAACUGGAUAGCCAAGUAGCACUCUUGAGGAGUUCUUUCACACUUGGUGAAAGUAUCAAAACAUGGUCGUGUGAAUUUUUGCCUACAACAGCUGAUCCUCAAUUUAUAAUUGGAUCGCCAGAUAAAGUACUAAAGGCUUUCAACAUCGAUGGGAAGGAGCUUUUCGAUUUUUAUGCCGAUACUGAAGAGAAUGGGUUGUAUCACGAUGAAAAAGCUAGUUCAAGUGAUAUUAAAGAUGGUAAUGAUAAGACAGAUUCAACUAACGACGGCGAAAAUAAAGAUAAGACAAAUAAUAUACAGAACAACUUCUAUCGAGUGAAUGAUCUAGCAAUUACACCAGAUGGAAAGUUUUUGAUAACUGCAAAUGACGAUAAGCAAGUAUACUUUUAUACUAUUCCCGAUCUUUUAGACCCGAAUUCCACUACUACUAAAAUAGCUACUGUCAGUCUUGGUGGAAAAUUAACAUCAUGCUCGAUAUCUUCUAAUGGAAAGUAUUUGUUGCUUAGCAUUACGCCAGAAGAGGUUCAAAUCUGGGAUAUUUCAGGGCUAGGGAAAUCAGAAAAACCAAUCUUGAGGAAAAAGUUAAUUGGUCAUAGUCAAGAUAAAUACAUCGUCAGGUCGAGUUUUGGAUAUUUAAGUGACAAACAGGAAGAAUUAGCUAUAAGUGGCAGUGUCGAUGGCUAUAUAUAUAUUUGGAAAAUUGAGACAGGGCAGUUGAUUACCAGAAUCAAAGGCCAUGUGGGACUAUGCAAUUCAGUGGAUUGGAACAAGUAUUAUAUUCCGAAGAAAAACUGCAAAGAUUACGGCAAGUUAUGGUGCUCAGUAGGUGACGAUAAGAUUGUGAAGAUAUGGGGUCCUUCAGACUGGAGUAACGAAUGA